UCCACGAUGUGACCGGACAGCUUAACAGCUUAACUGUUGCUAGUAUGUGGAUGCACACUAAUCUCGCGGCUUUCCUCUGCAGCUUCAGAUAGAUAUUAUUUAGACUGCAGUCGCACAUGCUCUUACCUGUUGAGGCUAUCGAAACACAUAAUUUGAUAUCUAAACUCGUCAAUUUUUCUUUGAUUUGUUUCCACUUAAGGUAUUUUUUAUAAUUUCGUAUGGGAAAUUCUAAAUUAUUCAUUUUCAUAUUUCCAAAAAUUGCAUUUGAAUUUUUUGGAUCUCGUUAGAAACAUUUUUUUGUGAAUCACUCCUUACAAUACGUGAGUGUACUUUUAUUUGUUUGUAGCCGUUAAAUAUAUUUUUGAAAUAAUUUAACAAAAUUAUUCGUUCGUGAAUAAAGUGGUCACAACAAAAAAAAACUGAUACUUAUUUUAAUAACGAUAUAAGCUGAUUAGAGUAGAUAUCUCUAAACUACAUCAGAGGUUGAAAAGUAAAUAUAAAAGAAGGAUGAAUUUAAUCAAUUCUAAAAAAAAUAAAAACUAUUGCCUUUUUUAUUUAAAUACUUUAAACGUGGCUGUGGAUGGUUCAAAUCCUUCUCGGGACAGAAUUUAUGUAUGUACUUUGUUUUCGGAUCAAUAACUGAUAGUUUUUUGGAACUUUAAACAGAUUUCAUUUAUAUUAAUUACUUCUUGUUUAUCGACAAAUAUCAACAAUUUUUCUAAAACUUUUCCUCCAACACGGGCGAAGAAUUCCACUAAAUCAGCCUCUGUCUACAAUCGCGCAAACGUGGAACAUUUAUAGCAACUUGUGGUGUCGACGUUUUCAGUUUGAAAUUCCGAAGUAUUCUGUGAGCCAGGUGGAUUGUUAUUACAAAGUUUCAUCAUGAGUGUUAUCCAAUUAGAAACCGAAGACCGACUCGAAUACAACUUCUUCCCAAACAGUACAGGCUUUGUACAAUUCAGAGUAAAGGCAGCCAAUGAUGCUCAUAUCGCGUUGACGACUCAAGCUGCAGAAUGCGAUCCCAUGUACGAAAUCUUCCUCGGAGGUUGGGGUAACUCAAAAUCGAUCAUCCGUAAGAACAGAACCAAACCCGAUGUAGCCGAAGUACCAACGCCCGGAAUUUUGAACCCACAUGAAUUUAGAGGUUUCUGGAUCAGAUGGCAAAACGGAAACGUCUCUGUCGGCAGGGAAAACGAAGUACCACCAUUCCUAUCUUUCAACGACUACGAACCAAUCAAUGUUGAAUAUGUUGGUGUAUGUACUGGAUGGGGAGCUACUGGAUCCUGGGUUGUUGAACCACCACGAGCUGGUGGUGCUGGCGGCGGUUUCGCUAGUGCCCCAGGAGCUCCAGCCAACUACACCCAACCCCGUUCUAACUUCUCAUCAGUAUGUUGGGCCGGAGGUAGAGGAGGUCAGGUACCACCAAGAGCAUUCGCCGGUGGUGAAGACAACGGAGAACCUCUUUACGUUAUCAGAGCCCAAUUCAACGGUGCUCUAAUUCCAGGGAAGUUAGUCCCAAGCCAUGGUAUUGCCUACGUCGCCUGGGGAGGCACAGAAAAUGCCGUACCUGAAUACGAAGUACUUUGCGAUUUCCCUGGUCAGUGGAUUGCCACUUCAGGAGGAAACAUCCCACCAAAUGCAUUGACUGCUGGCCAAAGUGAAGACGGUGAACCUCUAUAUGUAGGCAGAGUUGUCCAUGACGGAGCCUUGACCGUUGGCAAAGUACAACAGAGUCAUGGAGUCUGCUACGUCCCUUAUGGAGGUCAAGAACUUUCCUUCCCGGACUAUGAAGUUUUGGUACAAUAAAAUAAAGACAGUAUCAUCAAUGUUGUUCAAGCUUUGAAUGUGUUGCCUAGGAUGUUAAUCCAAAAAAAAUAAUAUACUUGUAAUCAAAAUUAAAAAGAGCAAGUACAGCAUUUGAAAAGAAACUAUAUAAUGGCUUCUAGGUGCCUUUGAAUACCCGUAGGGUUAUAUUAUUUUUAUGUAUGUUAUAUUUAGUAAAGGCAAAAUAUUUCUUUUAUGUUUAUAUGUUAUAGGAGGAGUUUUUAUUUAUUUACUUUUUUUUUGAAUCUC